CGUGGCAGCGUUCAGGGGACAACAGGUGCCCGCUGAUUGAUCAGCUCACCUGGCCACGAGCCUCGGCCAUCGGCGGGAGUUGGGUGAUGCAUUCGUUGACCGAGUGACAGCCGAUCAAACUUCGGAAUAAGUUUGAAUCUUCAACUCUCAUCUCAUCCCGUUAUCUCUCCUGCUGUUAAAGAGGGAGAAACAUGCCGAUGAACAACAACCAGAAGGUGCCGAGUGCCGCAGCGCGACUCGCGCGGCUGCCCGUGGUGCGCACAGCCUGCGGCAAACUGUGGCUGCUUUACGCGGACGCCAAGCGCAGCCACCCGAACCUGAGGACCGUGUGCGAGGCGCUGGAGGAGAGCGUCGCCGCGCUGGGGACAGUGGCCAGUGUCGGGGUUUCCCCGGUCCUCGUCCAACUGGAGCCCCACAUGUCCACUGCAAAUGACGUGGCAUGUAAAAGUCUCGACUGGCUGGAGGCUACAUUCCCCGUGCUCCACACGCCCACGGAGCAGAUUCUCGCCACGGCCAAGAACAAGAUGCACGAGAUCCAGGAGCUGGUGAGCAUCGCAGCCAACGGCACCGUGGUCUGCGUGCAGCACACCGUUUCGUGGGUGAUGGAGAGGAUGCAGCAGGCCGGUGACGGGACGGACCACACUGUGGUGGAGAGGGCCCUCGGCGUGGCCAGUGUGGGACUGGACUCCGCUCUGAACAUGGCAGACGCCCUGGUGGACCGAGCGAUUCCUCCCACUGAAGAAGAUAAAAAGGAAGCAGCAGCUCACUUGGAGGAGGCAGCCGCACUCGGGAGAAGUUACCCCGUCCGACUGGUGUCGCUCACCGUCAAACUGUGCCAGAGGACCUUCCACGUGGUCGGAGACAAGAUGCACUCUGUUCAGGUGGGGCAGAUUUUGUCUUUGGCUCUGGUUCAGGACCUUCAGACGACCUGGCUGACCUUGGUCUGGAGCCUCCAGGAGCUGCAGCAUCAGGCCGUGUCUGUGCUUUUCUUUAUCUCUCAAAUGUACAACUUAGGCAGCCCGACAUCUGAACAAAAGCAGUCUAGUCAAGUAACAAAUCCUCUCAAGGUGACCGAGGUGUCCGUACACCACAGGGAUGUGGCGCAGCUCCACCCACAGGCUUCACCUUCCUUCCGACUGAGACAAACUAAAGUGCCUGCUAAUGUUAAGGGAUUUAUGGGUCGUUGAUUAUUAUGGUCACUAUCUGAUACACAUCUAAGAAUUUCACAGCACAAGGUGGUGCAAAUGAAUAUUGGUGUAAAAUAAAAGUUUUUGGAAGAUUCACAA